UCAACGACGACAGCUUACUCCUCAUUCUCUUCGAAAGUCCUUGUAAGUAUCGCCCAUGCUUCAUUGGAGUAAACAACCUGAGGAGUUCGCGGUCUCAGCGCUCAGCAAACACGCAUCGUACUUGUACUUCUAGCUCAAUCCUGUCAUACUUGCUGAGCAGGUCAGUCUACUGCAGCUUUCAAACAGUUAGCUGGCCAUCAGCCCUAGAAGAGCGUUCAUGCCAUCUGUAACCCACAACAUCAGUAUUCACUAAUUGCAUCGUGUCUAUCAGACCCUACCGCAGCUUCAAAGGCUAUAGCUAUCUAGCACCUCAUGUUAUAACUUAACACCAUCAUAUAACGGAAUGACGAUGACCACCCAACCCCUUAUCCCUCUACCAUCUCAUGACCACACACGGCGGCCCUCCCAACGGCCAAUUGCACAACCUCAACCGAUUACCUCACGCAUUAACCCACUCGAUGCAGCUGAGAUCGACCGUUUCGCUACAUUGUUCGCCCCUGCAACGCCCCCAGCAACCCCAACACAUGGCUUUCGUGAUCCGCUUUCAACAACAACAACUCGCCCGCAGCAAAACAGAAAUCGCACAGCCAGUGUCGACUCCGAUUUCGGUGCCUUCGUAUCUGUGCCUGCUGCUCAGGACCCGCUUUCAUUUGACUUCCCGGUGGCCGAACCUUCUGCCCUGAAGUCGCGAGGACCUGUCACAUCUGGGAACGCAAGCUUACAUUACUUUGAUCAGUUCACUUCAAGCGCAAAAACUGCUUCUGAGCAGAGUAGGCGGGUUGUCCUUGAUGAGCUGCUGGGGCACGAAGACGAUCCCUUGUACUUUCUUCGGGCGCACAGUCAACCUCCAUUAUCCCCCCUAUUCGAAACUCGACCAGCAUCGCCUCAACGUAAUAUCGUUACACAAUUACCGCCUCCUAUACCACAAACUGGGAACUUAAUCGAUGUAGAUAUCAAGCCUCCUUCGCCGCCCCCUCACAAGUUGCCUGUGCUCACGUCGAGCGUGACCUCACAGUCCCCUGUCAAUAUACGCGCACCGCUUCCUCCCCAUCUCAGCGGAGCGGGCUCCCCUCCAUCAGCACACAUUCCUUCUACAUCAAGCUCGUUGCCGUUCCCCUCUUCCCCAGCCACGCCUCCAGCGCACGCUACAUUAUCCCGCCUUUCCUCCAGCUGGGUUUCCGCGUUCCUGCCAUCUGCCCGAUCUAGACAAUCCACGGGAUCUCCUACAUCAAAUUUGGUAAACUCAACGCCCAGUAACGUACCUCAGUCGACGUUCAUGCAUGUCGCGCAUCAGCCGUCCGGCAUCACGCGAGGAACCCCUUUUAGCGCUCACCCUUAUAUUCCACCAUCCGGUGCCCCUGGUUUCGCAGGCGAUCGGACCUGGGACAAGGGCUUCUCAGACACACUCCAGGACGAGGAAAUGAGCGAAGUAAUGGGCGUGCUGGGAAAAGGGAAGAAGAUACAGGGUCUUAAUCUCGUUGGAAGGAGAGAGGGCACAGCAGUGGUACUAAGCGAGACAAUUGCAAAUCUCAUUCGUCCCCACCUUCCAGCGCUCACUCGCCUCCCGCGAACAUGGACUCUGCUGUACUCGCUUGAUCAACACGGUAUCUCGUUGAAUACGCUGUAUUCCAGAUGCGAACCUAAGUUGCCCUCGACGCCGGGUGCGACAAAAGGAGCUAUUGUUGUCGUGAAAGACGCAAGAGAUGCGAUUUUCGGUGCUUGGAUGGGGGAGGGAUUGUGGUUAGAAAGAGGAGGGUACUAUGGAAGUGGCGAGUCGUUCCUCUGGAGAUACCACCGUCCAUCAAGCAAAGAUGACGGGCUAGAAGAGGGGACAUUGGAUGUGUACAAAUGGACAGGGAGGAAUGAUUAUGUUGCGCUCUGUGAGCCCGGGUUCAUAUCUUUUGGUGGCGGAGACGGGCACUACGGUCUUUAUCUUGAUGCCUCCCUCCUCGACGGAUCUUCGGCACCAUGCCCUACGUUUGAUAACGCAGUGUUGUGUUCGCGUGUGGAUGGUGGGAGCGUCGGCGUUAAAAAGGAUGUGAGCUUUGAGUGUGUAGGACUGGAGGUGUGGGGUGUAGGACCUUAAGUGCUGUCAUUCCGUGAGUUGGUGGCGGCUGGGACAUAAUGUGCUUGAUCCCCUUGUUUCAUCGAACCGCCCGCGAAGGCGAAUGCCAUUAUAUCAUCUUAUAUUUGCAUUUUGUCCGGAUCUAAUGUGAUGCAAACCGACUUGCGGUUUGAGCACAACAAAAUUUAACCCGUCCUUGAAUCAUCGUCUAAUACUUACCACUUUACCUUCUCAGCCCCGCUGUGAUACUUCACCUAGUCUUACAUCGCUGCCGCGUUCCCCAGUGUUGUCUCGUUUAUUAUACUGAUGGACUCGGAGCCGUGCAUUAGAAUCUGAAAUCAUCGGUCACAGGGAACUCGACGAACGUAGGGAGUGAACAUCCACUCGGAGCUAUCGCGGACCCCAGCACGGCUGCCAGCCUAAGUACCCUGGGCUGUCAUGCGAUUCCGGCGGGGUUGGUCAACACAC